AUGUAUAAAACAACAAUUAUAUUAACCUUAGCAUGUUUAUUGGGAUUAACCAGUAGUGCAACAACACCAAUUAAUACGCAAGAUUGUUCAACAGCAUCACAAUGUUAUUCACGAUAUCAUGGUCUUUAUUAUUUAAAUGUAAUAGAGAGUAAUUCAUCGUAUGUGUUAUUAGCAUUACGACCAGAUGGAAGUUUAACAUGGACCAGUAACGAUCAAACAGGUGCCGAACAACUUGAGUCAAGUGAACAAUUCAUGCAACCAUACAGUACCCUUUUUGGUCGAUGGAUUUGUGACAUGAAAGAAGAUGGUAUGAUUGAAACAAAAGAUAUUGGAUUUAUGUAUCCAACAGAUACAGUACCAGACAACAUGUAUACAAUUAGCAAUAUGAUGCGUUUGAAUAUGAGUAAUCCAAAAGAAAUCACUGGAACAUUUAGAUUCCGUGCAUAUGAUUUGGAAACACCAUAUUUAGGUGAAGCUAUUCAAAUUCAAGGUGAUGAAUAUGUUGAAUUAUCUCGUGAUCAAAUUGAUCAACCUCUUAACUAUACAAUCAAAGGUUAUCGUCUUGACCAAUUUUGUUAA